GCCGCACGUACAAUAGUUGUCAGCCGACCUCUUUUGUCGAUCGGCGUGCGAUUGCAAGUUUGUUUACAUCGAGUUGGUGCGAUGCAUAGCGCGUCUACUAAUCGCGAGUGUGCUAGCCGGUCGCCGGUUACGCCAAAUUACGAGUGAAUCGGACAAUGCUCGGAGUUAUUACGUAGAAACUUUUUGUGUUUGUGAACUUUGUUUGCUUGGACUAAAAAUAAGUGAUCUCGGUGACGCCAAAUUUAAUGAACUGUGUUUAUGAUUUCUACGACUAGAACUCGAAGUGCCAUUUAAAAAAAAAAACUCUUUAAAGUGAUAGUCGGUUAAGUUGUCGACUCAACGAAUUUUCAAGAAUUUUCGAUGAUAUUUACGAAGAUUUUGGAAACAUUUUCUACAAUAUUGAGAAAUUUUGAAGUUGACUAGUGCUGUUUGCAAAUUGAGAGAGAUAUAACAAAAUCUGAUUUUUCUAAGACAAGGUUUAUAAGGUGGUGCAGAAUUUAAGGGCAAAAGAGUCCCGAAAAAAAAGCAGCUAGCAUUUAUGCAUAAAAAACAAACGGCGAUCUAUCCUCGAUUCUUCCGUAGGAAAAGACGCUGCGAGAAACAAAGAUGGCUAUAGCAUUCAACUUGCCGAGUGAGAGAGAGGCAACAGAAGAGAACUUCUCGAGGUUGAACCGGCUCCUAGCCGAGUUGUACGAGGUUCUAUGCCACAUCCUGGUAUCGCGGCAGCCUGGGCAAGAAGCUCAGGAAACCAGGCGAGAUCGCCCCUUCUCCGAAUCGGACCUGGACCGCCAUAACUCCCCACCGCCGCAAAACCGCCGUUCAGCUUCCUCGCCCCCCCUCACCCUGACCUUCGACUCAGACCUCGAAGAUGAUGUCUUCGUGUGUCCCCGAACAGAUAACGGGAACGACCCAUUCUCGACCACGAACCUUGAGAUCUUCGGCUACGGGAGCCCUAGGACUCCUGCUGGGGUGCUCCUGAGUCCAAGAAGGGAUAGAAAGUUCACGUUCUCGGUGUCCAGCGAGAAGCAUUGGAGGGAUAAGGGGGGGACGGAUGUGGCUGAUGGAGUAACUGAUGCCGAUGUGACUGAUGCUGUAACGAGUCCAACAAGUUCAGAAAAGUCCGAGGGUUCCAUCUCAUCAAUCAUCAAAGACAAGCUACCAGGCUCCAUCUGCACGGUCGUCCUCUUCAUGUUAGGCUGGAAGCUGCUGUCCAAUAAACGGUGAAUUAAUAUAAACAUUGAUCAGAACUGAAGCUAACGAGUAAUGUAAAGCGUGCGAAGAAUAAUGUCCGGGUUAUUCUAAAUGUCACGUGUAUUAUAAUAUAUUGUAUAUAGUGAAUGAAAUAGUGGUAAAAUUAAAUGUAAAACAAUAAAUUACUCACUCAUAGAGUUUUUAGUUGCAAAUUGAUUAAACUUAUCGGUUUAAUAGUCAUUAUGUGAGUUAGUCAAUUGAAGUUUUGUCACAUUAUUAAAAUUAUUAGUAA